CUAAUGGUGACGUCAAUAAUCCUCGCGAGCUAAAUCCCGAAUUUUCUUACAUUUAUUUACCUGUUUCAGUGUUUGCCAAAUGGAUUAGUAUCGUAAGUCAUCUUAUACGUUGUCUUUUUAUCAGUAACCAAUGUUGGUUCUGCUGAUGAAGAAGUGUUAAUUUUUCAACACCACAGAUCAAACUGAGUUGAUAAUUGGAUCUUUUGCAGUUGUGAUAAUUGAGUCACUCACUACGUAAAGCAGUAAAUCAUCAAUGCAAGGGAUCAGUUUUACGAAAAUGUCUGGGAGUUUAAUAAAUAUCUUGGAUUCUAUGUCGAGGGUAUAGAAUUAUGAAAGACAUCAGUGAAAUGCCCAAUGGCGAUGGGGGAUUUGUACAAGAUGGUGGAGAGGAAGACGAAAGAGCCAAAGAACGCAGAUUAACUCCGUACGAACGAUUGUCUAAUGAUUUAUCUAAUGAUCAAAAAUGUCUGAAGGAAAUCACUCUCGGAAAGAGGAUUGGAUUUUAUCGGAUUCGAGGAGAACUCGGAAGUGGAAAUUUUUCUCAAGUCAAAAUGGGCAUUCAUGCACUAACAAAAGAAAAAGUUGCAAUAAAGAUCCUAGAUAAAACGAAGCUGGAUCAGAAGACUCAGCGACUUUUGUCAAGAGAAAUCUCUAGUAUGGAACGACUCCACCAUCCCAAUAUUAUCCGUCUGUACGAAGUGGUGGAGACCCUGGCUAAGCUCCACAUCGUGAUGGAGUACGCUGGGGGUGGGGAACUCUUCACUAAGAUCUCCAACGAGGGUAAAUUUCCAGAGGCAGAAGCCAAACACAUAUUUGCUCAAACUAUAGCAGGUGUUCAGCAUAUGCAUAAGCACCACAUCAUACAUCGUGAUCUCAAGGCAGAAAAUGUGUUCUACGCUGGUUCUCGGAUGGUUAAGAUUGGUGACUUUGGUUUCAGCACGCACUGUCGCCCUGACCAUACGCUGAACACUUUCUGUGGUUCACCCCCUUACGCUGCCCCUGAACUCUUCAAAGAUGAAAGUUAUUUUGGCACAUAUGUAGAUAUAUGGGCAUUAGGAAUUAUGUUAUAUUUCAUGGUUACGGGGGUAAUGCCAUUCAGGGCAGAUACUGUGGCAAGACUUAAAAAGUGCAUUCUGGAAGGCCAGUAUACAAUUCCAUCUUACGUAUCGGAUAGCGGACAGUUUCUCAUUCGGAGUAUUCUUAAACCUGUGCCUCAAGACAGAUUCACGCUAGCAGAAAUUCAGAAAAGUGAGUGGUUAGAGGGCCAGGAUUUUCCUGUGGAAUUAGAACCAUAUAAUGUAAAUCCGUCUCAAGAUACAUCUAGUCUUUCAAGAGAGGAGAAAGAUGCUCGUAGAAUUUUGCAAGACUUAGGAAUCACAAAUGAACAUAUCCAGUCGGGUCACAGAGACUCUCGAAGCAGCAUUACAGGAACGUAUAGGAUAGUUCUACAUCGCGUGCAGAAAAAGAAAUCGGGUUUGAGUGAUUCGGAGACUGACCUUCUUGGCUCGGAAAAACCGACCAGUAACGACAAAGCCAAAUCUGCUCCGUAUAUGAAGAAGGAAUCCAAAGUGUGCACAAUCUUGUGAUGUUUCUUAUAGGUAUAGGAACUACGAUAAAGUGCUUUGAAACUCUUUAAACUUAGUCUGGACUAAGGAUUUAGUUCAAAUGGUGCAAUUUUAUCUCUUUCUUUCUCCUGGCACAGUAAUGAAAUUGAAGGAAACUGCAGAGAGAGAGAACUGUUUGUGAUCAGAUGGUGUGAUUUUCUCAAUUUUUUACCAAACUAGAAGCUUUUUAAACAACAGUUUUGUGAGUUUUACUAUUGAUUUCUUUUUAAAGUAAUGUUUUAUGGAAAGAUUUAGAAGAGUAUUUUUUACAAAUCUUUGUAGGGAGACACAAUUGAUUUUAUAUUAAAUCUCCGAAGUCUUUAAUGUCAACAUAAUUAUAGCUUAUAACAUCUCAUUUUCCACAGAGUUUUCACUCAGCGCAAAGUUCAAAUCAAUUUCUUUUUUGUCAAUAUAAGCAAAGAUAAGAACUUUACAUGUAUUUCCGUACAUUUUGCUAUGAAAUGAAGACAAUGAAAUAUCUGUAAAAUUUAAAAGAGAAGCCAAAUCUAUGUGUUAUGUACUUGUGUUUACCCUAAGAUCUAGACAUUGAUUUUCAUUCUAGUGUAUAUUUGAAUUUCUCUGUAAAACCCUGACCAGAAUCUGUUGUGUACAUGUAUUAUUCAUUACUAAAAAGGAAUGUAGCCCAAAUUUCAUACAUUGAUUGGUUGUAAAAUAAUGGUCUAAGACCUUGUUCAUGGUUCAAUGUUAGGCGAUCGAGUUUGUCUAUUUUGUUUUGUGCAGCAUCAAGUUUAAAUACCUACAUGUAUCUUGUUUUCUUCCCCCUUAAUAAAAACAAUGUUUAAACAUUGUCAAUGUUUUUUUUUCUUUUCUUUGUGAGAGUUUUGAAUUUUUUUGUAUGUUUGCAGGUUAAAGUUGUUCAACCUACUUAGAAUUAUCAUGUUACUUUGUACAACGUGCUAAUAAUAUAAGGUUUCCAAGGGCGUGAGCUUUAAAAUUAAUACAAAACUGUUUGGGUUUUUUGUCAGUAUUUUUAUCAACUUUGUAAAUCUUGGUCACGCUUACAAUAUUUUAUAGAAGCAAAGAUAGUCAAGACUGAUAUGGUGGUUUAAUUAAGUUUGUUACAGAUGGAAUCAUACUAUGCCAUACAUUUUAAAUGUUAAUUAUUAGGAUAUUUUAUUAUGGUCAUUAUUUAUUUGUUGCAAUGCUGCAGGUGAAGUAGUUAUUUACACAAUCUUAGAUCAUUUGGAAAAAAAAAAUGUGACCACCUAUAUCUGUUUCAAAAUGAAUUUAUGAUAAAAAAUACAUUUACCCAAUCUAUGCCAGUUAUUGGUCAUGGCAUGCUAUCCUUUAAAAAUUAACAGUUAAAAAUAUAUGAACCCUUCAAAAAAUACUUCCUGCAAAAAAACUGUGACAUUUUCAAAUGUAUAUUUACAGUCAUUUAGCAUAAAACUCUUGUUGACUUAAGAUUUUUUUUCCCUAUAUGUCAACAGUUUUGAUAUACAAGUUUUCUUAACACUUUAUAUUGAAUUUCUUUGUUGAAAUGAAGUAGAAAAUUAGAUAUCACUCCUAUUCAGGUAAACUUUACUAUUAUUUAUAUUGAUAUACAAUGUCAAAAACAUAUCAUUUGAAAACUAUAUAUUUUAUAUAAACAACUGAAGUGUAAAAUUGCCCCCCUACAAAAUUUUUAUUCAUAUAUGAUUCUACAAUUGUCUUAUAAGAAAAUUCCUAAAUAAUCCAUGCAUUCCUGUGAAAUCCCCAAGGGGUCGAUGAAACGCGGGGGAUUCGUCUCUCACAACCCGUCCUUGGUUGACCCAUUGUCUGUAUACCCUGUGUACAAUAUUCUAUUAUAAUAGCUGUGACUGUGAUGUUUGUUACUGUGUCUACACAUCAUCAUUACUCUAAUAGAGAAGUUGUUUCUUUCUAUGAUGAUUAUUUUUUUGGAAAUAAAUAAUAAAAAAUCGA